AACUCAUGCAGUCACAGAGGAACGAGAAGGUGCAAUGUUCAAACCAUGAUGCAACACAUGUGCUGGUUCUCUCCCCUGAUGGGAAGCUUUCUGAAGAGUGGGCUACAGCUUCAGCUAGCUGCUCUAAGACAAGGCUGGUGAAAGAACUAGGAAACCAAGAUAUUGUUCAAAUAGCAUGUGGGGACCAGCACGCCAUGGCACUGUCCAGAGGAGGUGAGCUCUUCUCCUGGGGCCAGAAUACUCAUGGACAGCUUGGAGUGGGGAGCCAAACCACGCUCAUCCACCAACCACAGCUGGUGGAAAGACUAAAGGGCAUCUCACUUGCUCAAAUUGCUGCUGGAGGAGCUCACAGUGCUUCUGUGUCACUCUCUGGAGCUGUGUACUCCUGGGGAAAGAAUGAUUUUGGACAGCUGGGACUUGGAGACACAGAAGACAGGGCCUGCCCAUCAUACGUUAGAGCGUUGGAGCACUGGAAAACUGUAUUUAUCUCAUGUGGGGCAGAUCAUACUGCAGUUCUCUCCAAGGAGGGGUUGGUGUGCACCUUUGGAGCCGGAGGGGCUGGCCAGCUUGGUCACAACUCCACCCGGAAUGAACUCAUGCCUCGUGUGGUGGCCGAGCUGUGGGGAGCAAGAGUUUCGCAGGUUGCCUGUGGCAGAGAGUACACCCUGGUCUAUGUCCCCUCCUUGGGCAAAGUCUAUUCGUUUGGUUCUGCUAAAGAAGGACAGCUGGGAGAUGAGAGAAAGCCUAAUCAGUUGAUACCACUUCCCAUCAAUUCAUCCUGUCAGGGAAAUAAGUCACACAAGGUGGUUGAAAUCAUUGCAGGAGGAAACCAAAGAAUUGUCCUUCGCAAGAAGAACAAGAAUUCCUCUUUGAAUGGAAUUGCCACUUUGAAGGAUCAAGAAGUGGAUGCAUGGAUUUCUAAUUCCAGUUCGCAACACUGGGAGAGUAUACGAAAGAAUAUCAGACGGAUCUUUUCAUCUGAGGCUUGCAUCAAUGGAAGCUUCCUGGAGAAAAGAGACAAACAUUUCAAAACUUCCAAAGAAGUCUCGGGUGUAGACAUGUCAGAAGUGCAAUGUUUUUAUGAGAAGAUCAGCAAGGAGCCAAAAGUCUUCCAGGAGGUGCAAAAGGAGAUUGAGAAGUUACUGCCAUCAUUGUCUUCCUCUCCCAUCUCACCUGAAAAUUUCAGAGUCUACUUGAUCUUGCCUUUCCUCCUGCAGGGAGAGAAUGACAGCUCUUACCGUUCUCUCGGGCUGCUAGCACAAGCCAUCAUGAAACUCCAACCAAAGGACCUGCAAACUCUUGAAUGCCUGUGGUCAAAUCUAGAAACAUCCUUUUUCAAGCAGCUGGUCUUUCUGUAUCAUAGGGUUUCUCAGACAAACUUGUCUCAAUUUAUCGAGGAAGUCAUGUGUUGGCAAAGAAACCCCUACAGCCUGCACCCACAUGAAACAGCGACUCUGCAAACACUGCAGAUUCUUUACCAGGUGAACUCCAGAACUGGUUUCAGAGUACAAGAAAACGACUUCUAUGUGCCUCAAGUGAAAGGCAUUAUCGCAUUGCAUUUGUACUUUAAUAUACAAGUGCUCCUAUGGAAGCUGACCAAAUACCCGUGCAUCUUUGACAUGCAAGACAAGAUCAUAGUUCAUGAUGCAGAAUGCAACCUUCUGUCCAGCUCCUUCCUUAAUAUACCCUUAAUGCUGACGGUCCAAGAACAGUGGUUUUUUCCAGUCAAAAGACAAUGCCUUCUGCAAGACAUAUGGGCCCAUUUAAACGACGCACCAACCCAGCAAUUCAGGAAGGUCUUAAAGAUCUAG